UUCUCUCUCAGUUUAAAAGGCCUUUUAUCCUCCUCUCUCUUUCUUUCCCACUCUCUCUCUAGCUCAGAUCCUCUGUAGGGUCUAGGUGAGGAGAGCAGGCACCUGAGCUAUCAGUGGCAGAGGGGCUUUUCGGAACAGAAGUGUCAUCAGGUUCGAGCACAAGGAGAGAGGUUCCGGAACAGUCUUCAAAGUGGACAUCCUUUCAUUCCCCUUUAUUUAAUGUGCUGGGUUCCAACGAGGCAAUUUGUGUGAGCUGGUGCUGAAGGCUGUGGUGGCGUAGCUCUAAACUGUCUGGUCUGCUAAAGGGCCCCUACACUGUUUUUCCAGAUUUGGCCAGUCUUUGUCCCGAUAUUCCUAAAGCUGAGUCCAGUUAAGAGAGCCAAACAUGAGUACUAAAAGCAUUCUAGGCUGCCUCUUCCUGACUCUCCUUUUCAGCCUCUGCCAAUCUGGGCUGGUGAGAAAAAUACUUAGGCAUAAACGGGCAACUCUGACAGCCACGGGAGGAGACAACAUAACCCUCCCCAGUGCUGACCAGCCAGUGGUCUUCAACCAUGUCUACAACAUCAACGUCCCUGCUAGCUCCUUGUGCUCAGUGGACCUGGAUGCGCCAGGAAGUACCAGCCUUGAGCCCCAGGACGCAGUUCCACCAUCAGGCCUCCACACCACCGAACAUACCAUGGAUGGGCAGAACCAGAUUGUCUUCACCCACCGCAUUAACAUUCCUCAGCAGGCGUGUGCAUGCACCGAAGGGUUCCCAGAUUUGAAGGACCUCCUGAGCAGGUUGGAGAUUCUGGAGGGAGAGCUGUCCACGCUGAGAGAUCAGUGCACUACUGGAGACUCUGGCUUCUGCAGCGCUCAGCCAGUCACAGGUGAAGUGGGGACCAAGCCUUACUGCAAUGGCCGUGGCAACUACAGUGCUGACACCUGUGGCUGUAUUUGCAAGCCUGGCUGGAAGGGACCCAACUGCACUGAGUCUGAAUGCCCCAAUGACUGCCAGGACCAAGGUCGAUGCAUAGACGGGAAAUGCAUCUGCUUCGAGGGCUUUGGCGGGAACGACUGUUUGCUUGAGGUUUGCAAAGUGGACUGUGGUGAGAACGGACAAUGCAUUGGCGGGGUCUGCAUUUGUGCCGAGGGUUUCAUUGGAGAGGACUGUUCUCAGACGGACUGCCUGAACAACUGCCAAGGCCGUGGAAAGUGUGUAGAUGAGGAGUGUGUGUGUGAAGAGCCCUGGACGGGUUCUGACUGCUCGGAACUCAUCUGCCCCAACGACUGCUAUGACCGUGGACACUGUGUCAAUGGAACCUGCUACUGCGAAGAAGGUUUCACCGGGGAGGACUGUGGGGAGACAACCUGCCCCAGCGACUGCAUGAGUCAUGGUUUCUGUGUGAACGGCCAGUGUGUCUGCAGCGCUGGCUACACCGGAGAGGACUGCUCCAAGCUCACCUGCCCCAGUGAUUGCAACGAUAGAGGUACCUGCUUCAAUGGCAUGUGUAUCUGCGAUGCUGGCUACCAAGGAGAAGACUGUAGCCAGCUGGCUUGCCUCAACAACUGCCAUAACAGGGGGCAGUGUGUCAAUGGGCAGUGCCAUUGCGACGUAGGCUACCAGGGAGAGGACUGCUCUGAGCUCUCCUGCCCCAAUAACUGCCUCAACAGGGGCCGCUGUGUCAACGGACAGUGUGUAUGCGAUGAAGGCUUUGGUGGAGAGGACUGCAGUAUUAAGACCUGCCCCUCGGACUGCUACGGCCGUGGAGACUGUGUGGACGGCCAAUGUGUCUGCUAUGCUGGCUUCACUGGUGAGGACUGCAGCGAGCUGAGCUGCCCCAACAACUGCCUGAACCGCGGACGCUGCGUUGACGGGCAGUGUGUCUGUGAUGAGGGCCUCACAGGGGAAGACUGCAGUGAGAAGCGCUGUCCCAAUGACUGCCUGGGCCAGGGAUACUGUGUGGAUGGAAAAUGUGUCUGCCAGGACAGCUAUGCGGGUGACGACUGCUCUGGACUCACCUGCCCUGAUAACUGCAACAACAGGGGACUCUGUGUUAAUGGGAAAUGCAUUUGUGAGGAGGGAUACGUGGGAGACAACUGCGGAGAGCUGAGCUGCCUCAACAACUGCCAGGACAAAGGCCGCUGUGUGAAUGGACAAUGUCUCUGUGAAGAGGGAUACAUUGGAGAAGACUGCUCAGAAGUUUCCCCUCCAAAGGGCCUGACCGUAACAGAGGUCACCACUGAGACAGUGGACCUGACCUGGAAUAAUGAGAUGCUGGUGACAGAGUAUCUGAUCACUUACGUGCCAAAUGGUCCUGGGGGUCUGUAUCAGGAGUUCACAGUGGGCGGAGACAAGACUGCUGCCACUGUCAGCGAGCUGGAGCCUGGCAUCGAGUACCUGAUCAACGUCUAUGCCAUCCUCAGCAACAAAAAGAGCAUCCCAAUCAGCGCCAGGGUGGCCACAUAUCUGCCAGAACCAGAAGGCUUGAAGUUUAAAUCGGUGAGGGAGACCUCAGUAGAGGUGCUGUGGGAUCAGCUGGACAUUCCUUUUGAUGCCUGGGAGCUCUACAUCCGCAACACGAAAGAGGAGAGUGGGAAAACCCUUACCACCCUUCCAUCCUCCCAGACCUUGUAUGAGCAGACGGGGCUAGGUCCUGGUCAGGAGUACGAGGUUUCAGUGGGCGUCAUCAAGAACAAUACCAGGGGACCUCAGUCUACUAAAAUCAUCACUACCAGGAUUGAUGGGCCCAGGCAGGUAGAGAUGCGUGACGUAACAGACAGCUCAGGCUUGGUCACCUGGUUCCAUCCCGUGGCUCAGGUGGAUGGUGUCACCGUGUCCUAUGGCCCCAGCUCCAACCCCACAAAGAGGACCAGCGUGGACCUGUCCACCUCAGACAAACAGUACAGCAUUGACAGCCUCAGCCCAGACACUGAGUACCAGGUGUCCCUGGUCUCCAGGAGGGGAAACAGCACCAGCGAUCCAGUCACUGAGAUAUUCACCACAGACCUGGACUCUCCUAAGGACCUGCAGCCACUGGGCCAGUCAGACAACAGCGUCACACUGGAGUGGAAAAACAGCCGGGCAGACGUUGACAGCUACCGGGUGAAGUACAGCCCUAUCUCUGGGGGUUCCCAUGGCGAAGAGGUGUUCCCCCGUGGGCCAGGAGGCAACACUCAGGCAACUAUCACUGGAUUGAAGCCGGGUACAGAGUACGGAAUUGGUGUGACCGCCAUGAAGAACGAGAGGGAGAGCCUGCCUGCCACCACAAAUGCAGCAACCAACCUUGAUGGGCCCAAGGACUUGGAAGUGAGCGAGUCCACAGAGACCAGCAUGACGCUGGUGUGGAAGAGACCCCGAGCCAAGAUCCCAGUCUACAGGCUGGUGUACAUCUCCAAGGAUGGCCGGAGGGAGGAGGUGGAGGUCCCUGGAACAGCCACCUCCUACAACCUAAACAACCUGACCCCCGGCAUGAUGUACACCAUCACCCUGGUUGCUGAGAGGGGCUUAAAGAAGAGCACACCUGCCACCCUGUCCGCAUCUACAGCACCCAAGUCUACCUCUACUGAUGUAGUCGCUCUGAGUGUCAAAAGUGCUCAGACGACACAGUCUCCUGACACAGGAGCUGUUCAUCCAACAGUCCUUCCCCUGGCUCCUCUGAUCACAGAGGGGCCUACAUCUACAUCUCUGUACCCCACGGGGGACAUCCCCUCUGGGGCUGAAUCUGAACCAGAGGCCUCCAGCCUGGAGACGCUAGGGGACCUCAAUGUCACAGACGUGAGCCCCACUAGCGUGAGGCUAGCCUGGUCAGCCCCAGAUGAAGCCUUUGAUAGCUUUUUGGUGGAGGUGAAUGCUCUGUCAGGGAUGGCACAAGCUCAUGUGACCACGGUACCAGGAAGUGCCAGGAAGACCCUUAUAGAAGGCUUGUCCCCUGGGACACGUUAUGAGGUUUCGUUGUAUGGGAAGGUGGAGGGGGAGCAGUCUCUGCCUCUUCAUGCUUUUGCCAAUACAGAGGAGCUGAGGCCUGUGGUGGCCAACCUCACAGUCUCUGACGUGACAUGGGACAGCUUCAAUGUGUACUGGACUCCCGAGGACGGGGAGUUUGAGAGCUUUGUCAUUGAGGUGACAAACUUAGAGGGAGGUCCAGAGAGUGAGAACCUCACCCUGUCGGCUGAUGCCUUCAACCUGGGCAUUUCUGGCCUGAGUCCUAACACUUUGUAUAGGAUUGGCCUGUACGGGCUCCACCAGGGCUCCUUCCAGGAGCCGGUGUAUACUGAAGCCACUACAGUGAGCGAGCCAGUGGUUGGCAAUCUGUAUGUAUCUAAUUUAACGUCAGAGAGUUUCUCCAUCUCCUGGAAUGGCACUGAGGGAGAGUUUGACGGUUAUGUCCUGGAGAUUAUUGAUUCAGAUUGGCUGAAGGAACCAAAGGAAUAUAACAUAUCCCAGAAUGCAAUGUCUCAUGACAUCACAGGGCUAAGGCCCAGCACUGACUAUAUAGCCUACCUAACUGGGAUUGUCAAGGGAUCACGAACCCAUGCCGUCAGUAUUAUUGCAUCAACAGCUGCAGAGCCUGACUUGUCCAGGCUAGUUGUUUCUAACAUUACCUCAGACAGACUUUCACUGUCAUGGAGGAGAGGGGAGAAGGCUUUUGAUAACUUUAUAGUAGAAGUCAGAGAGUCUGCUUUGCCCUCGCAGGCCAUGGGCCGCACCCUGCCUGGAGCGGCUCGCGCCACAGUUAUGACUGGCCUCAAAGGGAGUACAACCUACGACAUCAAACUGUACGCUAGCUCCGCUGGACAGAAUACACAGCCCCUAUUCGCUGUAGUCACCACAGAGGCAGUCCCACAGUUGGGCUCAAUAGCUGUGUCCGAAUCUAGCCCCGAUAACUUCACCCUGUCCUGGGGCACAGUGGCUGGUCACUUUGAUGGCUUUGUCAUCCGGGUCGGUGACCCUGAACAGCUGUUUGAUACACUGGAGUUCACGCCGUCUGGCGAGGUCCGUAACAUUACAGUCACUGGCCUAGUGGACGGCACUGACUAUGACAUUGAACUGUACGGUAUUUCUCAUGGGCGCCGCACCCCUUCCGUUUUAGCCCAUGCCGUCACAGCAUCAUUACCCAAAGUGGAAAACUUGACCAUUUCUGAGAUCACCCCAUUCGGCUUCCGCGUGUCCUGGAGGGCGCAUCAUCCUCAACAACAGGAAGGGGCUCCCUCUACUGGUGGCUUCGGCCACUUUCACAUAGUGGUGUCAGACUCAGGCUGGCUACUGGAACCUCAGGAGUUCAUUGUCCCUGGCAACCAGAGCUUCUUGGACAUCUGGGGCCUGAUCACUGGCAUAGGCUAUGAGGUCAGGCUGACUGGGGUAUCCAGUACUGGGCUGGUCUCCCGCCCACUGACCACAGUGGCUGUGACAGAGGCUGAGCCAGAAGUGGAGCACAUGUUUGUCUCGGACAUCACUUCAGACAGUUUCCGCCUGGCCUGGACCGCAGAUGAAGACAUGUUUGAUAGAUUUGUGAUCAAAAUUAAGGACUCCACAAAGUUUGCGCAUCCGCAGGAAGUCAACGUCCUUGGUGACGAGCGAACCAAGAUUUUAACGGGACUCACCGGCGGCACCGAGUACGAAAUCGAGCUGUACGGUGUCACUUUGGAACAGCGCUCCCAACCAAUUACCGGUGUCGCUCGAACAGGCCUGGGUGCUCCAAGAGGCAUCCGCUUCUCUGAAGUGACUGAGUCCUCGGCCAUAGUACACUGGAUCAUGCCUCGUGCCAGAGUGGAUAACUACCGCAUCAUCUAUGUGCCUCUCCAAGGAGGCAGCCCAAUGACAGUGCUAGCAGAUGGGACUGAGACCCAGGCCAUGUUGCCUAACAUGUUGCCAGGAGUGACCUAUCAGGUCACCAUCUUUGCUGGGAAGGGCCUGGAGGAGAGUGACCCGGGGACAGAGAACAUCACCACAGCUCUGGACAGGCCUCAAGCUCUUUCUGCUGUCAACGUCACUGACACGACCGCCCUGCUGCUAUGGCAACCAGCUCAGGCCACUGUCGAUGGCUACGUCAUCACCUACAGCGCAGAUUCAGUGUCCCCAGUGAUGGAGCACGUUUCUGGGAACACGGUGGAGUUUGAGAUGGGCUCCCUGGUCCCUGCCACACACUACACAGUAGGGGUGUACGCCAUGAGGGAGGCACAGAAGAGUGGCACCAUCACCACUGAAUUCACAACGGAUGUGGAUUCUCCUCGUGACCUGGCGGCCACUAAUGUCCAGACAGACGGUGCCACUCUCACCUGGAAGCCUCCGCGUGCCGCCAUCACCGGAUACAUCCUCACCUUCACCUCACCCGACGGCACAGUCCGGGAAGUUGUCCUGAGCCCUACAGCCACAUCGUACAGCAUGAGUGAGCUGAGUGGCUCUUCAGAGUACAGUGUCAGGCUACAGGCCAUCGCUGGAGCCCAGCGGAGCCGCCACGUCACCAAUGUCUUCACCACCAUUGGAGGAUUAUACAGAUACCCUAAGGACUGCUCGCAGGCUCUGCUGAAUGGAGACACGAUCUCUGGCACCUACAACAUCUACCUGGGCGGGGACGAGAGCCAGCCCAUCCAGGUCUACUGUGACAUGACCACGGACGGAGGAGGAUGGAUGGUGUUCCUGAGGCGCCAGAAUGGAAAUCUAGAGUUCUUCAGGAACUGGAAGAAUUACACAGGUGGCUUUGGGGACAUGAAUGAUGAAUUCUGGUUUGGUCUGGCCAACCUCCACAAGAUGACGGCAUCAGGCCAGUACGAGCUGCGUGUGGACCUGAGGGACAACGGGAUGUCGGCCUACGCUCAGUAUGACAAGUUCACCAUCGCAGAGCCACGUAGCCGCUACAAGAUAUACUUAGGAAGAUAUAUCGGCACAGCAGGUGACUCUAUGACCUAUCACCAUGGUCGGCCCUUCUCCACGUACGACAAUGACAACGACAUUGCAGUAACCAACUGUGCACUGUCCUAUAAGGGUGCCUUCUGGUACAAGAACUGCCAUCGUGUCAACCUCAUGGGAAAAUAUGGUGACAAUAGUCACAGCAAGGGUAUCAACUGGUUCCAUUGGAAGGGACACGAGCAUUCAAUCCAGUUCGUCGAGAUGAAGAUUAGACCCGUCAACUUCCGAAACGUUGAAAGCCGACGGAAAAGAUCAUAGACUUAAUAUCUGUACAUGGUUAUAUUGUGAAGAUAUGUGGUGGAGGGGUUGGAAUGGUCAGAAUAGGCACUUUUGUGUGUUUGAUUUGUUUUAUUGUUUCCGUUCAUUGGAGAAUCAAGCCAAAUAUGGCUCCUUAUAUUAUGUCCAAAGAUAUUUGAAUAUGCCAAUUAAGAAUAAGGCAGUUUGAUUAUGAAAUGUGAAACAAUUAAUGGAGAUUUCGGUUACACGUAUUUUUAUGGUGAGGGUAAAAAGAGUCCUACUGUAAGUUUCACUCUCGCUCUUAUGUUCUAUUCUCCCACACUGUUACGUUCUCUUUCUGGCAGUUGAUUAAAAAAACUGUAUGAGCACCGUUAAGCUUUUCAACUAGGCACAUGGAAAUAAUAACGUGGCUUCAUGCCACACCCCUCAGUCUCCCCAGACAUUGAGGGACGGGGAAAUAAAGCUAUCGAGGUUAAAGGAAAAUUCCACUCAAAAACAAUAUUUUUGUCCACUGUUGAUACAGUCCUACAAUGUUUUGCAUGUCAGCAGAUACGUUUUCAAGAUACUGGACUUUCAAGAAGCAAAGUGUCACUUGCCACAUCAGCAUAAUGAUGUAAAACGCAUCGUAUGAUGCCAAACGCAUCAUUAUGAUGAUGUGACAAAUGACACUUUGCCUCUUGAAAGUCCAAUGUCUUGGAACCUUGCCUGCUGACCUGCAAAACAUUUUGGGACUGGAUCAAAGGAUGAAUGAAAAAAAAUACAAAAAAAUAGUUUCCUUGUACAGACCUGAGGGCAGGACUGACUAAACUGGGUAUCGUUUGUUUCAUAUUGAGUGAUUGAUAUUUCAAAUAUCAUUUUAUAUUAUUUAAACCUAUUGGAAUUCAUUAACAGUAUGUCCACAAAUACAACAAAGCAGGAAAACUAUUGUUGAGAAGAUUAUGGUAGUGAUUUUAACCACUGACAUCAUUGAAUACCGGUUUAAAUUAUGUCAGACUUUUUUUUUCAACUGAAUAAAUAACAGAUGUCUAUAUGAAACCCUCAAUACAAUAAAAUAUACUUUGUUAAAAGGU